AUGAACUUCAAAACUGUAAUUUCAUUAUUUUUAGUUUUAUUUGUCAGUUUCGUCUAUUGUGAGAACGGAGCUGAACUCUUAUUCCACAAAAAGAUCGUUGAAGGUCCAGUAGUUGGAAAGGAAUUACCAAUUCAAUUCAUUAUCUACAAUGUUGGUUCAGAACCAGCUUAUGAUAUUUCAUUCAUUGAUAAUGAUUUUUCAAAUGCUGAGUUUGAAUUUGUUUCAGGUUCAUCAGAAGGUAAAUGGGAAACCCUUGCACCAAACUCACAAGUUCAAACCAAUUUAACUGUUAUCCCAAAGAAAUCUGGUAUCUAUUCAUUAACUUCAACCGUUUUAAAUUAUCGUAAAACUCAAACUUCAAGUGAAUUCACUGUUUCAUCAGCUGCCAGUUACAGUGGUAUGUAUGUUGAAAGCCAAGCUGAUUAUGAAAAGAGAACUUCCCUCUUAAUUAAAGAAUGGAUCACUUUCUUUGUUUUAUGUGCUGGUGCCAUCGCUUUACCAUAUUCCAUCUCUACUUAUUACAAGAAAAAUUAUGAAAAUGGAAUUAAAAAAUAA